AUGUCUCUCCGCAUUGGUGCAGUUGUCGCUUUGGCCGGCCAGGCCGCUGCUUUCCCAUGGGUCGCCAGAUCUGUUGGCAUCGAUGCCGAAGAGAUGACUGCCCGUGAUGCUAUCCUCUCUGCUCGUCAAACACCAGGCUCUACAGUCUGCCCCAACAACCCAGACCACCGAGGAGCAGUCCCGUUCAACAUCAAGUUCCCAUACUGCGGUGCUCAAAAUGGUGCACCAGGCUUCCAAGCUUGUGUCUUCAACCAAGUUCCAGCACCGGGCGACACUGCACACGCAUACCAGGCUCCAGGACCUCUUGAUAUUCGUGGACCUUGCCCAGGCCUGAACACCGCUGCCAACCACGGCUUCCUGUCCCGCGACGGCAUCACAACCUUCUCCGAACUCACCGACGCUCAACAAAACGUCUACGGUGUCGGCUACGACUUGGCAGUCCUGCUCGCUGUGUUGGGUGUCGGCCUUGACGGCGACCCGAUCACUCGCAAGCUGUCGCUCGGCUGCGACGCCACUUCUCGCACAGCGACACCAGGCUUUGGUCCUGAACCAGGUCUCAACACUCACAACAAGUUCGAGGGUGAUACGUCCUUGACCAGGAACGACUUCUACACAGCCAACGGAGACAACUUCCGCUUCAACCGAACUCUCUACAACAUGAUGUCCCGAACAACUGGCGGUCUGCACAACCGCGAGAACAUCGGUCGAUACCGAUUCCAGAGAUAUCAGCAGUCUUUGAACGAGAAUGGAAACUUCUACUUCGGCCCCAAGUCCCUCCUCCUCUUCGGCGCCUCGUCUUUCCUCUACGAACUCUUCCCCAACCGCGGCAACCUCGGAACUCCAGACCAAGCCACUAUGGACUCUUUCUUCCUCCAAGAAAAGCUUCCCGAGAAAUGGUUUUCCCGUGUCACACCUUACACCAUCCCAGAUGUUGCCCGUGAGAUUGGAGCCCAGUACUUCUUGAACCCAGUCGCUUUUGGUGGUAACACUGGCAAGCCUAACACCUUCGUCGGCAUCGGCUCCAACGGUCCUUUCUUCAGCAACGGCACUCUUCCAGGCUCACCAGAGGGUGUCUCAUGUCUGCUGUACCAGUUGGCCACUGAGAACAUCCCAUCUGCGCUUGGUGGUGGAGGCGAGGCGGAUCUGCCACCUGCGAGAUUGAACUGGAUGAGGGACACUUUGAACCCUGUGUUCACGAAUGCGAGCUUCUCGCCUGCGGCGGCUUUUGGAUGUCCGAUUGUUACGGGUACUGCUUCGUAG